CAAAUUUUGAAGAAAAAUAAAAACAUAGUCUGUAUUUGUUUAGCUUGCAAAUAAAACCUCUCUGAUACUUUUCGUUUCAGCUUAGUUUGGAAUCUAGACGUACUUUUGUUGGAAAGUAAAUAUUUUUAAAAUCAUCCUUUUAAGUUAAUUUUUGGCAUUUAUACACGCUAUAAUCCAUUUGACUGUAUAUAUACAAAACACUAUUAUUGUGUAGCAUAUUAUCAAUACAAUCUCAUUGGCAGAACUUACUGUUUUAACGUGUUGUCAACGUAGUAAGAACUCGUCUGAUUUCUUCCAAUAUUUGAACUUUCCCGCCACAUUUUACUUCGGACGCAGUUUCGCAAAUACGUUUCACACAGGAAGUUAGUCCAGGGAAUUUUUACCAGAUUUCCUUGUCUGAUGCUGAACACUGAACAAUGACAGCCACUCAACAAAUGACCCGUCCCCAAGAGAAGACUGGAACAUGGUCAACAAUAUUUCCCUCAGAGACAGUUACAGAGCAACAGUCUGCACUGUUUGUUAAGAAACUCUUGGCAGUUGCAGUGUCCAACAUAACAUACCUCAGAGCCAUCUUUCCAGAGAAUGCAUUUGGAGAUCGCUGCCUUGAAGAUUUAAACCUGAAGAUACUACGACAUGACAGUACAUGUGCUGGGGCUUGCCAAGUGAUCAAGUGGGUCAAAGGGUGUUUCGACGCACUUGACAAACAUUAUUUGAGAAUGCUAGUUGUUGGGAUAUAUGUUGAUCCAAAUGACCCAGAUACUGUUAUAGAGUCAUACACCUUCAAGUUUUCCUACACAGAUAACCAAAGUGGGGUUGAUAUCUACAGGAAUGACAAGAAGAUCUCUAGUGCUUUCUCUGCUGCUGAGACAAAAAAGGCGACAAUCAGAUUGCUGAGGACAAUAGUUGUGCUUACGCAGACCCUCAAGUCUCUUCCUGAUGAUGUCAUUAUGUCAAUGAAACUACUCUAUUUUGAUGAUGUCACUCCUGCUGAAUACGAACCCCCAGGUUUCCAGUCAUGUGACGUUGAUGGCUUCAGAUUUGACGAAGAACCAAUGAACAUCAAGGUCGGGGAUGUCAAUACACCUUUCCACACUGUCAAACUGAGAAUCAAAACUGACGGGAAACAAUUUGAGAUGCAAGAUGAGCAAAGUGAACAAACCAAGGAUGUUGGAGAAAAAACUGAACCAGCAAACCAAGAUGUUGUUGUUGAAACUAUUGCCCAGCAACCACCAGAGCCCUCUGUUGGUGCUGAGCCAACACUAGGAAAUUCUCCAGAAGAGGGCCCAAGUCCUGUGUCAGGGUCUCCUAUGGACCAAGACAAUGAACAACAGGUACCCAGCAUUACACCAGAGGGGAAGAAGAUUGUGAAACUUGGCGACACAAAACUCAGUCAAAGACGAGCCACCCCAGCAAGAGCUGAUUCAGGGCUCCAUACAUCUGCCCAACUACCAGGUUCAACUGACCAAGCUGUAGACACGACAGGUUCCCAGGAUUACAACGAAGACUUAACGGAAGACCUUGGUGUACAAUGUCCCUGUGGAUGCAAUGAGGAUGAUGGUCUGAUGAUUCUCUGUGCAGUCUGUCACUAUUGGCAACAUGGAGUUUGUUUCCUCAUCACAUUAGAAGAAGAUGCUCCAGAAAGACAUAUCUGCAACUCAUGUGCUGAUCCAAAUGAUGCAGACUUACAACCAACAGAUAUAAAACUUAGUGGCCUAUCCUCUUUAGGAGUUCAGGCAAUGUGCUUAUGGAGACGAGCCCUGAUGGCAUGUACAGAGAUGUCCCGUGUAUUGCAGCCAAGCUUUGCCCGUAGACUUGGUGUUGAAAUGACUGUUGCUACAGGAUUACUGAACAGAUUGGAAAAGGAAGGAUUUAUCAAGAAUCCCACCAAAGGAAAACGACUGGGUAAGAUAGUUAAUAGAGACAAGAUUCUGAAGGAAGGUCUACCCAAAUACUUCAACAAAUCUUCAGUGAACCAACAGAGAGUGGAGCCUGAGGCCCAACCUGAGCCAGAAAAUCAACAAACAAUCAAGAAAGGAAAUACUAAUGAGAAAUCUAAAGGGAAAGCAACAGUUGAUGAUAUUGUAAGUCUAGCAACCAGGACUGAAGGGAUUACAUUGUCAGGCCAUAAAAAGAAAUCUACCAAAGAGAUCCUUCAAGAUGAACAACAGCACCAGGUGACAGAGAAGGGAGAUGGUCCAGAAAAGAAAUCUGCUGGGAAAAGAAAGAGAACCGUGUCAACCAUUGAGGGGGAGGAGUUUGAGAUCAGCAACAGCCAAUCGCAAGAUAUGAGCCCCACCAAGAGAGGGAGGAAACGUCGCAAGGCAAGCAUAACGUCCAAGGCUAUUAUAGUCUGAGAUAGAACAAUGUACCGUUCGAUCAGGCAGCAUUCUCAACAAGCUGUUGGAGCAGCAUGAACAUGUGAUCACCAUGUGAACUAUAAAACUCUGUCAUUGUAUAGGUUCAUUAUGAAUUCUAUCUGUUACUUCAAGAUCAUUGUGUGAGUUCUCAAUCACUUUUAAUUCUAUGUCACUGGAUGUGCUCAAGAUCACUAGAUGAUUCUAGAUGACUGUGAGCUCUAGAUCACUUUAUAUGUUCAAGAUCACUUUAUGAAUUUUACAUCGCUGUGAUUUUUAAAUCACUGUAAAAAUUCUAGGUCACUGUAUGAGUUCUAGAUCAGUGCCUAACUCUAGGUUACCAAGUGAAUUCUAAAAUUGUAGUGUGUUAACCUACUAUAGGAAGAUAGUGUAAGGUAAUUUAGAAAUAAUUAUCUUUAUAAAUGGAGAGGACACACAAAGAGCAAAGCUGCUGUUAUUAAGCAACUGAUAGGUUUAUUUGAUUUUUUUAGUUUUAAUUUAUCUUCUGGAUCAGCUUUAAACAUGCCUCUUCAGAAACAAACUCACUGGGCAUAGUAUUCACUUGGAAUUUAAUUUAAGAAGGCAGCCACAAAAUAUCCAGAUUUCAAAUAACUUUUUAUCAUAAUUAUGCUGCUAUAUGGUUUAAUAUUAUAUAUUUUUUCAUGACAUCGUAUCAAGAUGGAAUUUUGACAAGCAAAUUUAAAAAGAUGUCUCUGCAGUGCAAUUUAAGUUGCUCUUGUGAAUUUAGUUGAAUCAUAUCAGAGAACUAACAUAUUUCUACUUUUGAUAAAUGUGAUUGUUCAGUGUGUCAUAUCUGAGAGAAAUCAUUUCUGUUUUAAAAACCUUAAACUGGCUCCAUAAGAUUUAAAAUGACUGUGCAAGGUCCUUUUCUCAUAUUAUGUAAAUACAUGUCAUGUUCAGAUCUUGUUGAUUUAUUAUUGAUUCUAUUCAUGUCUUAUGUGUUCUAUUAAAACAAUACUUAAUAUUUACAAGUAACUAGAUGUUAUUUACCAGUAUUUAUUAACUUAAUAAUAUUGAUACACUAUAUCUGUAUAUGGUAAAUGUAUAUAUUCAUAUUAUGUAUUUAUUUUACAAAAGGUAUUUAUUCAAAUUGAAAUAUUUUAUAAUUG